CCGUCUUUCUAGUGUUAAUUACAUAAUAAAUCCACAUUAAAAUGUUAAUUCUUAUUAUUUUCCGUUUGAGGCAUUUGAUAAUUCGCGGGCAAAAUCUCUGGGUUUUGGUCCCAGAUACUAAAGUAUCAUAUCAGUGUUUCGUUCUGUUACUAGAUGGCAGUAUUAACAAUAUCUAGAACUUUUACUUUCAGGUGUUUAUGGUUUCUUUUAUGUUUGUCUAUGAAUCAUUCGAUUCAAUACCCGGUGUAGCGCGUCAAAAUUUUCAGUCAAUCACUUGCGUCCUUUUCAUUCACUCUUUCACUUGAGCGCACGCCUGACGGGCGAUGCGUGUUAAACUGUGAUGGCUCUUUACAACACUUUUGUAAAUUCAACAUUUUUAUGAUAUUUGUGUGCUUAGUAUUCUUCUUAGUGUAAUUAAUUUUAAUUUAUAUAUAUUGCGUUUACUUUAAAAUGGCGAAUCAAUCCCAAAAAAUCGUUUACAAGCUGGUCCUCACUGGAGGACCGUGUGGCGGCAAAACCACCGGGCAGUCCCGUCUCUGCACUUUCUUUGAGAACUUAGGAUGGAAGGUGUUCCGGGUGCCGGAAACGGCUAACGUGCUCCUCAGUGGUGGUAUCAAGUUUGCAGAUCUCUCCGCUGAUGAAGCAAUGAAAUUCCAGGAGAACCUUCUAAGGACUAUGAUACAGAUUGAGAACACGUUCUUCGAGCUGGGCAGGACUUGCCAGAGGGAUUGCUUAAUUAUAUGCGAUAGGGGUGCGAUGGAUGCCAGUGCAUGUAAGUUACAUUCCAUUUAUUAUCUCAACUUUAAAGUAUUUAAGUCCAAAUUCAAGACGGAAUGGUAUCAAAAUGGUUACAAUAUGGCCGUGGCAAAUAAACAAACAAUGAUGUAUUCUGUAUGCUAUAUUACCACGUGAUUUCCAGUAAAUGCCACACAUGAACACAUUAUAGCACCAUUGUGAACAGAUACAUGAAAACUAUAAUUAACAUGUCUAUUAAUACUGACCGCAAACAGAACAUCGCGCCAUGAUUAUGAUUUACUGAGACAGACAGACAAACAGACGCCUGAAGGGUGAUUUGUCUGAGAUUGUACACCUAUACAAAGUAAAUAAAUUUAUCAACACUGUUAUUCGUCUAGUGUCUACGUCUAUUAGAUUAUAAUAUCUGGAAGAUAAAUAACACGUGCCUUAAGUACUACGUUAUUUAUACACAAACUAGUUGUUCCCGCGCAGGUUCACGUUUUGCUCGGCCCUUUUAGUCGCAGCGUGGUGUUUUAUAGCAUAUCUAUAGCCUUCCUCGAUGAAUGGAAUAUCAUCAUCA